UAGUGAUCGACAUCCCCCAUCUCAUUGCAUCACUCACACUCACUUCCUACUCACUAUGGCGCCGCACGUUCACGACCGCAUCCACUGGGUGAUCAUCCCCAUCAACACGACCGUCGAGGACGGCAAGCGGUGGGACUCGCUCGCCCUCGCCAUCUGCAAUCGCCUCUGGCACCUCGGCUACGCGCCCAAGGGCGAGAUCACCGUCACGCACGCGAACAACGAGGUCGUCAUCCCCACGCACCACCGCUUGAACGACGAUGUCGUCCAGUACUGCGUGAUGCGCGCGUCCGAGGUGUACGACCCGUACACGGUCGGCCCAGCCCGCCGCGAGGAGAGCGACUUCUCCUCGCCCCGCGCGCAGAAACUCUCGCUCGAGCAGACCACGUCCCCCGUCGUCCCCAUCCUCACCACGAGCGGCAACACGCGUCCGGCGCCCUCGACGGCCGUCCCGGAGGGCAAGCACCUCCACAACAAGCUGUACUGGGUUAUCAUCCCCGUCGACAGCUCCGGCUGCAACACGCACAAGCUGCAGGACGGCAAGCAGUGGGACUCGCUCGCCGUCGCCAUCAGCAACCAGCUCUGGCACCUUGGCUACGGCAGACGCACCCAAGGGCGAAGUGCUCGUGACGCACGCCAACAACGAGAUCGUCAUCCCCUCCGUCCACCCCAUUCCGGAGGACGUCGUCAAGUACGCCCUGCAGCGCGCAGGCGAGAUGUACGACCCGCACAAGGUCGGCCCGGCGCGCCGCGAGGAGGUCGACUUCAGCCACGAGGACGUGCCCCAGACCGGUGCGCCCGCCGCGUCUUCGGGUCCUACGGUGAUGUAGGAGGGGCGCAUGUCGCUGCGCAGGAAUUAUUGGGUUAAUGGAGGAUAGGACGGACCAGUUACCAAACGUAAUGAUGCACCAGUGAGCGGAA